AUGGCAUAUGGAAAAAUAGGUUACAGUUUUUUGCGGUUGAGAGUGGCUGUGAGUUCUGAUCUUGUGCUGAGGUGUAAAAUUAGUCCAUGCAAUGAUGUGGAGGGGAAAGCAGACAGCAAAGAGGAGUACGACCUUCAGAACCAGACAGAGGAGCAGAGCCGUCCACCAACCAAUAAAGAAACUGCCAAUGGAGAUGGUUUACCCUCAGACAAGUCUGAUCUGGAUGUGCCCGGGGAGGACCCCAGUGACCCCACAGGAGCAGACUCAAAGGGGAACUCAACCGGACACGAAUGCUCUCCAUCACACAACGUCAAUAAUGCAGAGAGAGAUGAGAAAAGCAGUGCAGAGGAGGGCACGGGCCAGGGCCAGGGACCCAGAGAUAAGACUCCGGACAGUAAUGAGAAAAAGGACCAGGGAUCUAGCAACGGUGAACAAAAUGAUCAAGACAAAAGUGCAGAAGCAGUGGAGGAAAUAGACAGUGGGAUGGGGGCCAACCACGAUGGAAGUAAUGAUGCAGACACAGGGGAGGAGCAGAAAGUACAGAUAGACGACAGUGACGAGGGUGAUAAGGCCCAGACAGAUAAUGAGAGCAAAGAGACUCAGGGUGAGGAUGCUAACACGGCACAGGACGGGACUGACAGUAGCAUUGACACAGAGCAGCCAGGAGAGGUCAGUGGAGAGGUCAGCGCAGAGCAUGAUGAGGUGAAGAGUGAAGCCGACCUCGACGCAGACAAGAAAGAUCCAGACACAGAGAAAGAGUGA